CUGGCCGCGCGGCCGUGGCGUUCUGGUCGCGUCCCUUCAGUUUAGGGUGAGCGGGUAGGGCUGGGAGAGGCGACGUGACGGGAACCCGUGUUCCAGAAGGAGGAGAGGCACAGGCUGAGCCGCCGCUCCUGCCCGGUGCCCGUCUGUUCUCAGUCCCCUUUCGAAACUCGGCUUGCUCUCAACUUCCCAGAUUCCUGUCACCCCUUUGCCUGUGGGUUUAUUCUUUAUAUUUCUGACCACGAUCUUCAUUAUUUCUUAGAGUAGCCUUUUUCCAUUGCCCUAUUCUCCUUCCCCUUCCUCCAUGGAAUUCUAUGAAUGGAAUGAUUUGAUGACAUGUACACUCUGCAUGUUGAAGUAGCUAGCUAUUCUAGAGAAAGUGUGUGCCCACACAAAGACAUGUGCAUGUCCAUAGCACUUUUCUUCAUGAAACAUGCUUGUGGGCAGGUAAACGACAUGCGAUGACCUCACAAUUGCAUUGCUGCUGGGUCAGGCAGCUCGAAACAUGGUUCUACAGGAAGAUGCCAUCUUGCACUCAGAAGAUAGUUUAAGGAAAAUGGCAAUAAUAACAACACAUCUUCAGUACCAGCAAGAAGCUAUUCAGAAGAACUGGAGUCUUACUGUGUUUCCAUGGUGGCCUCAAACUCGGGUUCAAGUGACCCUCCUCUGCCUUAGCCGCCCAAGUAACUGGGACAGACAGUUGUGCCGCAGUGCCAGACUCAGUUUAAACACUUCUGAGGCCCACGUGGACCGAGUGUUGAACAGUCUCCUGACCUGCAGGACCAGCUGAGUCAUUUAUUGAAGUAGUGUGUCACAAAGCGCUUGACUCCUUUGUCUGAGGAGGAGGAGGCUGUGGGCUUGGAUCCAUUUUCAUCUCCAAAAAUUCAUCUAGAAAAGAUUUGUGAAAAGAAGCCAGGUGACUGAACUUGGAAUCACUUCUUUUGGUUUUUUGAGACAAGGUGUCUCUGUAUAGCCCCUGCCCAUCC